GCAGAGGAUCUCGGGGCACGACCCACGGUAGGCAUACGCAAUAUAAAAGGACCACAGCAAGAAGGUCCCCUGCACGUAUUUCACUCACCCACCAUGUUGACCACCAAGCAGCCCUACAUCGUUCGUACCAACGACACUCCCACCCAGCGCGGGGGACAUCCUUUCGACCCUGAAGUCCACCGCGAACAGAUACGCUUGGGCGACAUCACCGGUUUGACGAAGACAGCCGUGCAUCUCGUCCACCUGCCUCCCCAUAAGGAGAGCACCGUCCUACACUGGCAUGCCAACGAUGACGAAUGGGUUUACGUCAUUAGCGCAGGAGAGGGAGCCGUGAUGCGAAUUAAAGAGGGGGAUGCGGAGACCAAGGACGUGCCUAUCAACGGAGGGGAUUUCUUUGCGUUCCCCGCAGGCUUGCGGAGGUCGCACUCGAUGAACGCUGGUGCGGGCGAGGUGGUAUAUUUGAUGGGAGGGAGCAGGGAGAAGAUGGACGUCUGUUACUACUCCGAGAAGAAGAUCACGGCGAUCGUUGACAGGACGGUACCUGAAGGGUUAAACUUCUGGGCGGUAAAAGAGGAUGACAUCUUGAGAUAGGGUAGACAGAGGAUCAGGGACUAUUGGUCAGGCUCCUUGUCCAUGUACUGUAGAUGAAUACGAAAGAGGCAGCGGCACGAAAUGCUGACAGUCAACUGUCGAAAAAUAGCGGGCCAUAGUCCAGUAACAACUCCGUUCUAGGUGGGAGAAAUUCCGUAGCGUAAAUGCCGAUCCUAUGUUCCCCAUUAACCAAAAGCCGCGGCGCUUUGCAGUUCGCAUGUGUUGCCGAAUGGUUGAUGUAGCGUGUCUCAUUGCCCACAUACGAACUAUCCAAGGACUCCUCGCCGAGCCCGUACACAUAAUUUCUUCCGCGGUGCUCGGCUAUAUCGGCUCGACUCUCAGCGGUGGGUUCAAAGAUGAUCUCGCCGAUAUAUUCACCGAUCAAAUCACCGCACUUGGCGGGUUCCAUUAGAAAUGCACCUAAGCCGUAGCCAGAUCGGCUCGCCUUGACCGUGAGGCGUUUCCGACGACCUUGCUGAAUCUGCGCGUUCUGGCAUAUGUUCUUGCUCACAUCUCUUAGUUACAUAAAACUCGCCGUCAGUCAUGACUUUCACA